AUGCCCGCAAGACUCGUCGCGUGCGGCCAGGCGCAAGUGCCUUUCUGCAGAUCCCUUCGACUGCAGGGAGCGGCGAGAUAUGUCAGCACCACGGCGGCCAAGACUCAGACCUUGUCUCCAACAGCGCCACGAACUUUCACCCCGACCCCGAAGAAAUCACCCUUAUCCAGACUUUCAACCAAGGCCUUGGUCCGGUCACUAUUUCUCACCCAGUUUAUGUCAUCACCACUUCUAAUGAAGCCGGCACUACCUAUAUUACACUUUAUCGCCAACACGAAAUUCGCACUAUUCAACCCCGAUAAGAACCCCUUAUUAAAUCGGCUUCUUAGAUGGACUAUCUACGACCACUUCUGCGCCGGAGAGAACAUCCCUCAAGUUUCGAAGACAGUUUCUGAAGUUAAGCGGAUGGGAUACCAGGGUGUCAUUCUCAACUACGCAAAGGAAAUCGUGUUGGACAAGAAGGCAGCCGCAGCGGAAACGAAAGCUGGGCAGUACGCACCGGAGGUUUACCAAAUGGUUCAGCAAUGGAAGACCGGAAACCUUGAGACUCUCCGUAUGAUGGCACCGGGCGAUUUCCUGGCCGUCAAGAUUACUGGCGCUGGUCCCAUUUCUGUCGAUGCCCUGAAGGAGAAAGCACCCAUCCCUGAAGUCUUGAGCAAUGCUUUGGACGAACUCUGUGUGGAAACCAACAGACAAGGCUCCCGUCUCUGGAUCGAUGCCGAGCAACAAGCCCUUCAGCCCCAACUGGACGAGUGGACCAUCGAUCUUAUGAGAAAGCACAACCGCCAGAGCAAGCCUUUGAUCUACAACACUAUUCAGAGCUACCUCAAGGGCUCCAAGGCCAACUCUGAGCGCCACAUCUCCCUGGCUGCUAAGGAGGGCUGGAGUCUGGGAGUCAAGCUUGUCCGCGGUGCCUACAUCGAGAACGAGGUCCGAUCCCUGAUCCACGACACCAAGCAAGACACCGAUAACAACUUUGACGAUAUUGCCGACAUGUUCAUCAGCCAGAGACUUCCCGAGGAAGCCAAGGAGUGCCAGUUCCCCGCCAGCGCGCUCUUCCUUGCCACCCACAACGCCGCCAGCUCCGCGACCGCGAUCUCUACCCACCGCCGCAGAAUCCUCGACGGCCAGGCCACGACCGAGCUCGAGUGCGGUCAGCUGUUUGGUAUGGCGGACGAGUUGAGCUGCGAGUUGCUGGACAACUACGACACGUGCGUGGCGGACUCUGGACUGAAGAGGGAUGCUAUCCCCAAGCCUUUUAAGUACCUGCCAUGGGGUUCCGUUUCAGAGUGCAUGGGAUACCUGCACAGACGGGCGGUCGAGAACAAGGGAGCUGUUGCAGAGAGCGCUCAUAUGCUCGGCUCAUUGAAGAGCGAGCUGAGACGUAGGGUGUUUGGUUGA